AUGGAACAUAAGAGCCCUGCGAAUGGAGGAAUAUUCCUCGAGAUAGAUGGGAUACGUAGGCUUGUGGAGACGAUGGCGCAACUGCUUUGGAUCGUUUUGUUUGACGCUAGCCGUGACAAAUCCAAACAGACAAAGUCUUCGUCCGCUGGCAAGCAGCCUACAUCCAACUCCAUUGGGCAACCUUUGGCAAGACCCGCCAAGCCAGUACUCGCUCCACCUUUCUACGCCCUCAUAAUCGGUAUAGACGAAUAUCCUGACCGCGCAAAGCUCCAUGGUGCCGUCGCGGAUGCGGAAGCCAUGAAGAACUAUCUUCGAAAGGAACUGAACGUGCCCGAUGACCAGAUUAUCAACCUUUACAACUCACAUGCCACACGCAGCCGCAUCAUCGAAUCAUGGAAGUCCUUGUACAUGAACACGAGGAUUCAUAGAGGAGAUCCUAUUUUGAUAUAUUUUGCAGGCCAUGGAGCAAGCGCGAAUGCUCCGAGUCAAUGGACAGAGAUGGCAGGGGGACGGAAUGCGAAGAUCCAGCUGCUUGUGCCGUAUGAUUAUGAUGGUGAAACGGUGCAGCCGAUUGCAGAUGUGACGCUAGGGUAUUUGUUGGAUGAGCUGUCGAAAGCGAAGGGAAACAACAUUACCGUCAUCUUCGACAAAUGUCACGCAGCGUCCGGAACCAGAGCAGACAAAAACGAUCCAAGCCUACUUGUUCGAAGCAUUGAAUGCAAGAAUUCUCUCCCGGGCAACCUCGACGAAGACGUCUUGGGUAACACACAACGAAUCGUUCCCCGCGCUGCCGCACCUGCUUGCCAGGGUCAGGCACUCGGGUCACAUAUUCUGUUGGCGGCUUGUGGAGCAGACGAGGUCGGAGCGGAGAAAUUGACCUACUCCGACCUGAUGAAGAGGCUUCCCGAUCUGCCCGGGCAAAAUCCGCACUGCGAGGGUGACCAUCGCGAUCGUCUUCUGUUCGAUGGCAAAGCACCGAGCCAGAGCCGUACCAUGUACCCAGUACGGGUCAGCACGUUCGAAGGCAAGUCUGUGUAUACCAUGGGCGCCGGUGCGGCCGUAGGCAUCACGAAGGGCAGUCAGUACGCUAUCUAUCAGACGCCCGACGCGUCUACAGAUCCAAAGAACAGAAUUGGGAUUCUCGUAGCUGAAGGAAAGCCUGCAGCAUUCGAAACAGUUCUGACCGGCUUCUUGGAGGGCCAGUUCGAUGAGAAGGGAUGGGCAAUACAGACUCGUGCAGGGGAGGAAGAAGAUCUACGAGUUCGUAUCGUCAUGAGCAACAAGCUCGUUCCUGUGUUCAAGAAACUUGCGGAGGAUAUGCAGAGCAGGUCGGGAGAAAAACAAGGGAUCCUUCUAGUCGACGACGACACUGCCGAUCUUGACGUCUCACUGGACCAGGAGAAUCGAGUAGUCUUCAAUGUCCCCCAGGGCGCAUGCACGCAAUACGGACACUCUAGACUUCCCAACACCCUUCCACCCGAUGUCGAUAUGAUCUACCCAGUCAUACGGUCCGCUGCACGCUACUAUUGGCAUCUUAAACGCUCGGCUCCUGCCUCCGAGUCUCGCGGUCUAUCUAGCCUAGUGCGCGUCGAGUUCCACGAACUGAUGCAGGAGAAUGACGGAUGGGAUGGUCAGCUUCGACCGAUAUUGAAACCGGUGGAACCCCUCGUCGAUCUCAACCCAGCCAAUGUUGUUGACCUCAUUGUUGGAGAUGGCGGGAAUAAGAUGUAUGGAUUCAAGGUAUCGAACAUUAGCGCGACUCCUUUGUACGUUUCCGCAUUCUACUUUGAUAACAGUGAUUUCAGCAUCCUCCCGUACUACCAGCCUCCUCUCGGGAUAAACAACCAUAUAGACCCGUCUAUCCCUGCCAAUGGCUCCCUCACAAUUGGAUACGGUGCAGGCGGAGGAAUGCCUUUCACGUACUACCUCCGUCCCGAACAGAAUAUCGACGUCGGAUUCCUGAAGCUCUUCAUUACCAAUGUCCCUGUCGAUCUCAGCGACCUGCCUCAACCGUCUCCUUUUGAGGAUCCCGCUCGUGCAACGGACAUAGCGGCGUUUUCGAAGCCUCUGCUCGUGUGGGAUACGGUCCUCAUCACUAUGGUUCAGCGGAGAUAUGCCCCCAACUAA